CACCGACGGUCAUCCGACCCGCACCAUUCGCCUCCCAUGAUCUCAUCGUAAUCUUCCCCGUCUCCCCAUUCCGACCCCUAUAAAUUGGCCGACGCUUUCCUCUCCUCUUCUCUUCGCACUCUUCCCCGCCCCAGCCUCCGUUAGCUUCCUCCGACCAAAUCCUUAAUCUCAGUCUAGUUUCUCCGCUCGACCUCUAUCGGGUUCGGGCUCCUCUCCAAUCCACCUCCGGUUCAUCCUGGAAUCCUACUCGCCUUCGAUAUCUUCAAGAAUUAGGGCUUGGCCAACCAUCUCAAAACCCUAGGAUCGCUCUUAUCACCCGAUCCCUGCUUCGAAGGCCGAGCGUCCUCUUUUUUGGUGCCAGAAGCCCUUAUUUUUUUUUUUCUCGGCCUGGGCUCCUCGCUCGGAGGCGGGGCUGAGCUCGAUCGCCCUGCCGGGGGGCUAGCACCGUCCUGUCAGAACCCAUGAACGCCGCCGCCGUCCUCGGCGGAGCCGUUCCGGUGCCCUCUUUUCAGGCAGCCAGAAAGGAGUGGCGUGCCGUCACCGAGCACUCCUUCCGGAGCAGUGGAGGCGAGAAACAAGUGUGUGUUAAAUCGGGCCAAUCAGCCGAGAGAACAAUAUAUGAGGUGCAGGAGGGUACAAGCCUGCUGGAUGUGGAUCCUUGUUCAGUUACUACUGAAGGUGUUGGUGAGUUGAAUGAUGAUAUAUUGCAGCAGAAGCUGCAAGAAAUCACGAGGCAGAGAGAAAGGCUUCAGCAAAUGGAGAUUGAGCUCCGAGCUAGGGUGAUUGCCAGAUCAGAUAUCCUGGAGGUGCAGAAUAGUUUUGAAGGACAGCUAAAGGAGCAAAUAGAUUUCAAUGCUAAUCUAAAGGAGCAACUACAUGAACGGGAGCAACACAUACUUGAAUUGGAGAUGAAACUAGAAGAGAAGGAUAGAGAGCUACAUGCUAUGAAAAUUGACACUGAAGAAGCAUGGGCAAAAGAGGACCUUCUCAGAGAACAAAACAAGGAGCUAGUAGCUUUCAGAAGGGAGCGGGAUAAAUCGGAAGCAGAAAGAGCACAACUUCUGAACCAAAUACGUGAUCUCCAAGAGCAUAUUCAAGAGAAAGAGAAUCAAUUUUUUGCACUGCAAGAACAGCAUAGAGUCGUACAAGAAACUAUCCUUUUCAAGGAUGAACAGUUAAGGGAGGCGCAAGCUUGGAUCGCACGUGUUCAAGAAAUGGAUGCUUUGCAGUCUUCUACUAACCAGUCGUUACAAGCUGAGCUACGAGAACGUACUGAGCAGUUUAACCAAUAUUGGAUAGGUUCUCAACGGCAGUUUGUCGAAAUGGAGCACUAUCAUAUGCAAGCUAUCCAGCAGCUUCAGCUAGAGUUGGCUGAGGCAAGGGGAAAUAAUAGAAUGUAUAUAGAUGGUUUGCAAGUUACUCAUGAGAACUCAGUGGAUUCAUCUUCAUAUGAUGGAAACCAGAUCAAUGUAAAAGAUGAUGGAAAAUCAGAUACUCACUUGGGAUUCACAUCUAAUGGAAGUGUAGAUAGGACCAUGCCUCAUGUUUCGGCUUCCAAUUCUUCUACUAAGACUGAUCCUCUCCCCAGUGUUUCAGUUGUGCCUUCUUCCAUAAUUAGUAUGAAUGCCUUAAUUCCUCCUGGCCAAAUGUCUGCAAUGCAUAGUUAUGUAAUGGAUCCACAGUCUGUAGCAUCCACCAAUUCUCCUAUUCCUCAGUCUCACAUGGGUCAUUUUCAAUCAAUGCCUAUGGUUCCACCUCACCAACUUUGGCAAAAUCAUCAGACUGCAUCAGACAUCUCACAGAUACCUAAUCAGAGCAAGUUCGUGACAUCCCAAACAGAGCAAGAUAUUUUAAGACCAGAUACCCAUUCUAGCUCCAAUCUGCUUGGUGAAAUACAGAUGGUCCAUCCUGACCAACUUAACAGCCACACAGACCAGCAACAGAUGUCUGGCCCUCCAGGCAAUGAUUCAAGGGAAAAACCUCAGAACACAUUUACCCAACAACCACAAGGGACCGUAGAUGCACCUUCUCACUUGGAUUCAGCAAGAGAAUUCUACCCACCAGAAAAGAAGAAUGAACCUGGGGUUGAGGCCAGUAUAACUGCAGGGAACCAAUCACAAGAUCAGGUGUUCGAAUCUGAACAACGUCUAACUUCUGGCAUCAUGUUAUCUGCCAGUCAAAGUAGCUCCUCUAUCAGUUUAAAUGGUACUGAAGAAUCUGCUGUAUCGGCUGCACCUGAUUCAAGUAUUUUGAUGCCUGGUAAACCACUAGUGGAACCCAAUCUUUUAGAUGAAAGAUCACUUUUGGCUUGCAUUGUCCGUGCUGUUCCUGCCGGAUCAGAUGGUAGAAUCAGAAUCAGUACAACACUACCAAAUAGGCUUGGGAAAAUGCUUGCACCCCUUCGCUGGCACCAUUACAAGAAGUACCAUGGAAGGCUUGAUGAUUUUAUUUCACAUUAUCCUGAAUUAUUUGUUAUUGAAGGGGACUUUAUUCACCUUCGCGAGGGAGCACAACAAAUUAUAUCUGCAACUGCUGCUGUUGCCAAAGUUGCUGCUGCUUCUGCAUCUUCUGCUCCUUACACAUCAUUAUUGCAUUCAGUUGCUGUCACUCCUGUUGCUCAAAUCAGUCGCCAGAAAAUGGCACAAUCAAUUGAAUCAAAGGUUGCAAACACCAUGCCUUCUGCAGUUGGUGCUGCUGUUACUGAUAUUGGAGAUUCAAGUAACAGCUGCUCCCAGCUUUUGACAAAACAGAACCAACAACCAAAUGGUAUCAGAGUUAACAUUAUUCAGGGGCUAUCAGAUGUCACAAUUUCAAGUAAAUUAAAGAAUGUCCAAGAAGCUAAUGGUUUCCCAUCUGAAUUCCAAACUGGCCAUUCCUCUUUCAACUUUAGUGUUGGAAGUACAGCAAACCUUGAUAAAACAGGUUUGUCCUCUUCGCAAUGCAAAGGACCAAGUAAUGGAAGACAUAGUUUUGGAGGGAAGCAGCAAGGGAGGUCAACUGGAGCUGGCUUGAUUUCAAGGAGAUAGUGUUACCAGUUGAAACUUGCAACCCAAUUACUUGGAUGGAAAUUGCAGCCAAACAAAGUUUGGAAUUUAUUUCAGGAUAAAGCUCUCUGAUCAUCUUUUCCCAGGUUUUUAUGUUGAACCAUAACCAGGGGCUUUUCCUUUGUGUGAAUUUUUUCUUCUCUGCCAACUUGUACUUGAGUUCAUGUUUCAAAUUGAAAGUGAAAAAAAAAGAACAAGAAUUCUUUGCAACUGUGCAAAUUUUAAUGCAUCUACUUGACUUGAUUUGAUGAUUAGUUUGAUAGUCUUUGUUCCUGGUUCAAAUACCCAGAUGCCUAUUACAAUUUCCUUUGGGACGGGCUCAGAUAUUUGGAUGGUAAAUUGGGGUUGGGAAACUAGCAGAGGUGCAUCAGCUUUGAAUGCUUUGUAUACUCGUCUCGACUUGAUCGAGUCAAAAUAAGUUAAGACUUUUCAAGUAAGAGGGGACAAGUUUUUAUCAGACGCGCGUCAUGUCUACAACUUCGGCCAUAUAGAGAGAUGAUGAGAUGAGCACUAGCCAUGGUUGCUCAAAGGGGCGUUUCGUGAAUCCCUUGUUGCCAUUUAUAUUCGAUGUCGCAGGUAUUUAUUUAUUAUGUUCGAGUAUAUUCUCAUUGAUCUGGUGUCAGGAAUGAAGCAAAUAUAGCCUUUGGAUUCUGUAAAUGAAGGCAAACUUGAUCAGUCUGAGCAAAAGACAUCUGGUGUCUCCUAAGAACACUAUUGCUUAUAUUUGUUAUACGUGGAAUCUUAGAGGCCCAAAGGAUCGCAUGAGAUGUCAUAUUUUGGUUAGAUGGGAAAACCUCAAGGCAUUAUAUUUUUCAUUUGUGAUUUUGCAGGUAGAAUGUUCUUGUGAGGGAAACCAAGCGAAAACUAAUGAAUUCAUUACCGUACAGGAAGUUUGGAAUAGGCAUUGAAGGUCAUGCUGCUCUUAAUAUAGUGGAGGCUCGUAACUAUAAGAAUCCCCUUUCUGAGUAGAUUAUUUUCAGAUCAUCCUAAGAUAAAUUUUAUCAGAUCAUCAUAGCAAAUCGUAGGAUCAAAAGUCGUUCUUGGAAAACAACCAAAAAAAAAAAGAACAGAAAAUUCCCACCAACAAGGUUGCAAACCAGGUCAGGAAAUCUAGCACUAUAUAUUUGUGAAAAAAAAGGAAAACUUCUCUUAUCGUGUUUUGAUUUAAUAGUUUAUUUUCUAUUUGGAUAAAAAAAAUAUUGAGCUUAGAUAAAAAAUAAUAAUGAUCCAAAUUCUUGGAACACUUGUCUGUAUUCCUCCUCCCCCCAUCUUUACCCGACCAAAACGCAAACACCUGGCCGUCGCUGUUGGGGCGGCUAUAAAAGCCGGGAAGGCAAGGGGAUCGAAGAAGGCAUCAUAGGAGGGGGAAGAGAGAGAUGGGGUUCCUCUUCCGGGUGAGGUUGGCAUCCUUCUUUGCCGGAGCCGCCACAGCGUCCAUUGCCGGCUUCUAUCUCCUCUACAGGGACUACAUGCUCUCCCAUGACGCCAUCGCCCAACAGGGCAUCCAAGACAGCAACAAGAGUUUUUAAGGUGAAUGGAAUCUAUGGAACUCUUGAUGAACGUUACGAAGCUCUAAACAGGCGUGUCACGGCCCUGGAAACUCAGAAGGAAGCUGAAGCCACUGAAUCUGCAGGGGCAUCUGGUUAGAUUGAGAUGUUUGUUGCUUCCAAACUGCUACACUUUGCUUCGUUCCUGAUGUUUGUUCAGAUGCUGCAUCGUUAGAGAUGCUUGCAACAGUACAUACUGGAACUGGAUGUGCAAAAAAAAAAAAAUCCCGAAAUGGUAGUCAUAAUCACACUUGGCAUUGUUGUUCUAUUGCUCAUCAAUAAUGUUGGGGCUACUUAGUUUUUAA